UGGCGGAGCCGCGUGGAGAGGCCCGCGUUGGCGGCCCCGGCCCUGCUCGGGGAUGGGGGUCCGAGAAGGUCGGGUCCCCACUCCGGAGGAGGGGACAGUCAGCGCGGCAUGGAGGCGUACGUUGCAGGACGUCGUGCGGCCGCCAAACCUCAGUUUCUCCACCUGAAAAGCGAACGUCGUAGGGGAAGGAAUAGUUGGGAAGAGCAGCAAGGCCGACCGGUCAGGUCCAGAGCUGGAAGUAGUAGCUGAGUUUGUGGUAUUUGUGGCCAGCUUUCAUUAAUACUAAUAAAAAACCUGGCGGAUCAUUUACUGAGGUAGCUCCUUUCUGCCGCCUUACGCGGAUUGGGCUUGAAUUUGACAAAAGAUUCUCACCUUUGACUGUAAACCGGGAGCGUAACUGGUCCGAACGCGCAGAUUGUCACUUCCUGUCUCUGGGCCUCCGCGUGGCAGGACAGUAGCUCGAAGUUGGAGGAGGAGGCUGUCAGCCCAAUGAGCUGCAAAGUGACUGUGUGACAAGGAUUGCUGCUGGGAGGCUUUGGGUCUUCGUGAGUACAAAGUGGUAGGGCGCUGCCUGCCCAACCCCAAGUGUAAAACGCCACCACUUUACCGCAUGCGCAUCUUCGCCCCCAACCAUGUUGUCGCCAAGUCCCGCUUCUGGUACUUUGUGUCGCAGCUGAAGAAGAUGAAGAAGUCUUCGGGGGAGAUUGUGUACUGUGGGCAGGUAUUCGAGAAGUCCCCCCUGCGGGUGAAGAACUUCGGCAUCUGGCUGCGCUAUGACUCCCGCAGUGGGACCCACAACAUGUACCGGGAAUACAGGGACCUGACCACCGCAGGCGCUGUCACCCAGUGUUACCGCGACAUGGGCGCUAGACACCGCGCCCGCGCCCACUCUAUCCAGAUCAUGAAGGUAGAGGAAAUUGCAGCCAGCAAGUGCCGCAGGCCUGCAGUCAAGCAGUUCCACGACUCCAAGAUCAAGUUCCCACUGCCUCACCGGGUCCUCCGUCGCCAGCACAAGCCACGCUUCACCACCAAGUGGCCCAACACCUUCUUCUAGCUGCAGCCCCUCCCCCACCCUGGUCUGCUCAAUAAACUCCUUGGGGACUGAU